AUGAAAUCGGGUUAUAGGCAAAAUGACAAUACAGAAGUGAAGAAUACUUUUCAGGUGCUAGAAGAAGAGGAAGAGAUGGGUGAAAUAGGGAAAGUUGAUUUUGUUGGGCUUCUCAAAACAAGAGUUAAGGCUCCGAAACUUGGAGCCUUAUACUUGAAUGUUUUUGCAAAUUGGUGCUUCUCAUCUAAUAUAGCAUGGCAUGCAGGAGGCAAGAUUGUCAUUGCCUGGAAUCCAGGAAGAUUCAAUGUUGACAUCCUCAAAUGUACUAGCCAACUAAUGCAUUUGAAGUUGACAACAAUUGAAGGGUUUGAUAGUCUGGUGACUGUGGUUUAUGCUUCAAACAACCGAAAUGAAAGGAAAGUACUAUGGAGGGAUUUGUGUGAGCUGAAAACGAAUGAGCAUUGGCUUUGGAUGGGAGACUUCAAUGAUAUUCUUGCCAAAGAUGAGAGGAUCGGCCAGAGGGUCAAAACUCAUCUUGAUACAGAAUUUUUACAAUGUGUGAAUGAAUGUCAAGUGGAAGAUGUCAAAGCAAGUGGAAGUUUUUAUACAUGGUCAAAUAAGCAACAUGGAGAUGAUAGAAUUUAUUCAAAGAUCGACAGAAUUAUGGCCAAUCAAACAUGGAUCAAUAAAUAUGAAUCUGCUGAAGCUGUAUUUCUCAAUGAAGGUAUUUUUGAUCACACACCUAGCUUAUUGACUUUAUACCCUAAUGUAAUUUGUGGGAAAAAGCCAUGCAAAUAUUUCAAGAUGUGGAAGUCACACCCUAGAUAUGAAUCUGAUCUGAGGGAGAUAUGGAGGCAAUCAGUUAAUGGCCCUAAAAUGUUUCAGGUUGUGACAAAGAUGAAACAGUUCAAAGUGAGACUUAAAGAAAUAAAUAAAGAGGGAUUUAUGGAUUUGCAGACCUCGAUAACUAGAGCUAAAAUCAAUCUAGACUGCAUUCAGAACCAGCUUCAAAAAAGCCCACUGGACAGCAACUUGCACAUGUUAGAGAAAGAAGCCCGAGGAAAAAUGAUUAAAGUUCAAGGAGAUUAUAACUCAUUCUUGCAGCAGAAGUCCAAAGUUGAUUGGAUAUAG